UGUGCCGGCUGCGUGGGUGCGGGUGCAAGCUCCGCACCGGCGGGGCACACACUUGUGCGCGUAUCCAGCCGCUCCCCGCGAGCGCGUUACGUGCGGCGACCGCUGAGGUCCCGGGAAGAGCGGUGGGAGCCGCGUCCGUACCGUACCCAUCGCCUCGGUGCCAUCGGUGCACGUGUGUCGUCUGCGUGUGCAACACGUCCGCGGGGCUGCGCUUCUCCCUAAUUGCGCGGGGAGUUCGGCCUCGGGUUGUCCGGGGGGUUACGGAACCGGGGGGGGGAUAACGAAUUAAUUGCAGAUGAGAAGUAAUAUCCGUCUUUGAGUCAUCAGUCGUUGAGGCAUAAUUUCAUUCCGAAAGCUCUUAAUCAAACUGGAGAUCUGCUAUAAGAAAGCACCGCUCUUCCCAUAGGAUUAUCAGAUUUCCACCAGAGAAUACAGAUCCUGGAUUACUGAGCUGUGUGGGAUUUGCGUGAUUCUUUCUAAUUAGUCUCCCUCUCUGAGUUUAAAAUUCUUAAUUCGAAGGGGAGGAAGUUACUUGCUUCUAAAGGAAAAUAGCUAUCUUUUUUUUCCUCUGUCAUUUUACAUAGUUAUUCCGGUUAUUCUGUGCUCUGCAGAUGACUUACGGCCUUAAUUGGAUAUUGGUGUCAAAGGUUGAUUAGAGUCCCUAAUAGAUUUUGGAUCUGCAAGAGGAUUAUGGCUUUAAGUUCGUGGUUAAAACAAUCGUGUUUGUCAUCUCCCCUUGAGCAGCGGAGAGGACGAGCGAUGUAUUACAUUUCUGUUAUCUGCUCUUUGCUUCAUUAACGUAUUGUCAGGAGGUUGUCGGGUUUGCCUUUGUUGUUGUGUUUUUUUUCCCUCUGCUAUUUCAUUUGCAGACCGAAAAGAAAUGAACGUCAGAGGGGAUUUGUUUAAUCAUUUAGCAGCUGACACAAGCCAUGUCCCUAACAAAACGGUGGUGAAAGAGUAGAAGAUUUUUGGGAUACGGCAGCUCGAGCACCAUGAGACUGCUCUGGUGAGCCAGGGACAGCGCUUGCUGAAGGAUGCGGUAGCCCAGUGGUCAGGGCUCACCGAAGGGAGGCCGAUGGCUUGCAUGGAGCUUCUCUACCUGGCUGAAGAGAGCAGGCAGGGUGCCCUGGGCCCCGCUGCCGGCUGGAGCCUGCCCGCCCCUCACUAUGAGCAGCAGCAGCAACAGCAGCAGCAUGAGACAGGAGAGGUGGACUCCAGAGCAGCAGCGGCUGUGGCAGCCCUGCGCUGCGAACGGCACUGCAAGCCCUCACAGAGGGGCUCCAUGGCUGAGCCCACCUCAGCACCCCUGUCCUCCUGCUCGGGCAGCUCACCCCAAGAGCACCCCACACCCCCCAGCAACUCCCAGCCCUGCCACCUGCCUGAGCACUUUCCAGGGGAAGAGGAUGGAGGGAAGAAGAAACCCUGCUGCUGUAUCCAGGAACUCGAGACAUCCUUCUCCUGCGUGGAUGAAAAUGUAAACCUGGAGCAUGCAAGAAGUCCCUCCAGUCCAACAGGCUACCAGGAUGCUCCUCAGCAGCGCUCCUGCCGGGAGCUGCCUCCCGAGUGGGUGCAUGACUCUCCGUCCCUGGUCUCCGAGGAGGAUGAAACUGCCUCGGAGGCAGCGGCUGGGAAAUCCUUGGACUAUGGAUUCAUCAGUGCCAUUUUGUUCCUAGUCAGUGGGAUUUUGCUGGUGAUCAUUUCCUACGUGGUACCCAGAGACGUGACUGUGGAUCCCAACACGGUGGCUGCCCGGGAGAUGGAGAGACUGGAGAAUGAGAGCGCCAGGAUUGGGGCUCACCUGGACCGCUGCGUUAUUGCCGGGCUGUGUCUCCUAACCCUGGGGGGAGUGGUGCUCUCCAGCCUGCUGAUGAUGUCCAUGUGGAAAGGGGAGCUGUACCGGAGGAGCAGGUUUGCGUCCUCCAAGGAGUCUGCAAAGCUUUACGGGUCGUUCAAUUUCAGAAUGAAGUCUGGUGCAAACGAUAACAUGCUCGAGCUGUCAUUAGUUGAGGAAGAUGUGCUUGCCAUAGAUAAUUAGUGUGGUCAUGAUUUUUAAAGCAGUGUUUUCACAAAAAAAGUAUGUUUCAUUAAAGGAAAUAGAUGUGGCUAAAGAUGGAUGGUGAUGCAGUUUGUUUUUCUGACAAGAACAGUCUUUUUGUGAGCUCUCUAAUCAAAUGUUUGCAUUAUAUGAACACUUGUUGUAAAGGGAGAGCAAAUGCAAUUGGUAUAAAAUAAUGAAAACCUCUGAAUAAAAAGAGAUUUUUGACAAGUAGAUUCCUUAGAUAACUCCUUUAUCCUAACAAAAAGCGUUCCUUUGGUGUCUUGCCUACAUAAUUUUCUUAUUACUCUCAUAUAUAGAACAGGAACAACCUUGACAUGUUGGAAGCUUGUUGCAGCCUACAGAAGGAUUAUUAACUGUCUGCUUGGUGUCGUGUUAAGAAG